UCGACAUGUUUCUAUUUGCCGAAUAUUAACUUGAAAGGCGGUACUUAUGAUGAGUUCGAUGCCAGUGAUAUUACUCAAUGUUGUAUACAGUGUGCAAGCCAACCGUGUUGUGCAGGCUAUACCUAUUCUAAGGCGCUGAAGAGGUGCUUUAUGAAGUCAUCGAUCAACUACUCUGAGCAAGAGGACAUGAUGAUCAGUGGCAUUCGAGCGAACGCUAACGGAGCUGCAGGUGUCGGAGCGAAGAUGAAAAAUGUGAAAAUCGAAGGAAGUGGCGGAAGUCGGAUCACGCUCGAAAAUUCGGAUGAAUGUCAGCAGUAUUGUACA